CCUUCCGGUGAGAAGUGCCCUCUGUGAGCCGGGCCCAUGGCGCCCGAGCUCGUGAGGGCCUCCUCACUCGUCUGCGCCCCCGAUUGGCCCACUGGCCUUGAGCCGGGUUGCAGGGCGAGGGGUUCUCUUCACCUCUGUCCCCUCCAGCCUCGGCGCCCCGGCUGCUCGGCGGACGUUUGUUGAAUGAAUGAACGAAUCGGGAGCCCUGACAGACCCAGCAGAGGAGGCGGAAUGGGUCCCGUGGCGGGGCGGCCCCGCAGCCGCUCCCACCCGCGCAGACUCCGGUGCGCCGCGUCUCCCGCGGGCAGAGAAGUAGCGGCAACUCCGCUCCCCCGGCCCGGCCGCCUCCUCCCCGCCGCCCUCCCCCGCCCCCGCCCCCUCGCUCCCUCCCGCUCUUUGUCUCCUGGGCUCCCGGCUUCCCCGCCACACGCCCCCCCACCCCCCGACGCCCCUUCCCCGGGGACCCCCGCGGACCCCGGCCGACGCGACGCGGCGCGAAUCGGCCCUGGCAGGCGGGGGCCCCGCGUCCGGCCGGGCCUGGCGGGCGGCGGGGGCGGGGAGGGAGGUGGCGCUCGCUCUUCGCUCUUCUCUCUCUCUCUCUCUCUGUCACACACACACACACACACACACACACACACACGCACGCACACACACACACGGAGCAUCCUCCCGUCAGGUCUCCUGGUCCGGCCCCGCCCGCGCCUCCUGCUUCCAGCGAAACUGCUCCCUCUCCCCACAUCCCCCGCCCUCCAUUCACCCCCGGCUCCGGGACCCUUCCUGCCGACCUCACCCCCACCCCCGGGAUGGAGCGGCUUGAGCCCGCCCGGAGCCCCCCGCGGCCGGGGUGACGGUCCCCCCACCCCUCUCCUGCCCGGCCCCCGCCUCGAGCACCAUGGGCCUGAGGGGUUCCAGGGGCGCCGGACGCUGAAGAUGACCGAUGCCGGAGAUUUGAUUGGACUGUUGAUGACUGAAAGCUUUUAGGGGAUGCUAAUGAUGCGAAGGCCCAAGACAGUGAAGGGGAGAAGUUCAGUGACCCACGUGAAGGCACACAGCAAAUCAGUGGACCAGAACACCAGGAACACAGGGCUCAGCUUGUGUCUGUGCCUUGGAUUUACAUCUGCCCCCACCCUCCUACUAUACCUCCUGCCCCAGCGCCCAUGAUCUGGGUUAUGAUUCCAAUGGCUUCUCUUCCAGGGGCUAAAAUAAGGGUUCUAAGCUGUCUUGAGUCAUGGCUUCUUCAAAGCUCCGAGAACCCGUGGAUGAGGUUUUUGACCUGGACUUGGCUGUGCCAGAGACGGCUAGACUGGACAGCAGUUUACACAAGGCCCGGGCCCAACUAUUGGCCAAGGGCCGGAGACACCGGCCGUCCCGCUCCAGGCUUCGAGACAGUGCCAGCUCCGCAGAGGAUGGUGAAGGCUCCGACGGGCCCGGAGGCAAGGUGACCGACGGCUGCGGGAGCCCCCUGCACCGGCUGCGCUCGCCUUUGCACUCAGGCCCGGGGUCCCCGGCCGGGGGCGCUUUCUGCCUGGAUCCUCCGGGGUUGCGGCGCAGCCUGGACGAGGACGAGCCGCCGCCUUCGCCGCUCACGCGCUACCGGCCCCUGCACAACGCUGCCUCGCACGAGGGCCUGGCCGCCGCCUCCUGCUCUCCGCCGCGCUCCGCGCCCUCCUCCGACAGCUCCCCCAGCUUCGUGCGCCGCCACCCGCGCGCAGAGCCGCACAGCGAAGAUGACAGCCGUGACGCCAGUCCUCCCGAGCCCGCCAGCCCCACCAUCGGCCUGGAUAAGAAGACCCGCCGAAAGUUCCUGGACCUGGGGGUCACCCUGCGCCGAGCAUCCACAGGCAAGAGCCGGAAGGAGAAAGGCAGCAACCGCCUGUCCAUGGGCAGCAGGGAGUCAGUGGAGGGGUCCGGCAGGUCAGGGGUCUCCCCGUUCCUGCCUUUUUCCUGGUUCACAGACAGCGGCAAGGGCUCAGCAUCCUCGGGUAGCACCACCUCCCCCGCCUGCUCCCCUAAACACGAGGGCUUCAGCCCUAAGAAGUCAGCUUCCCAGGAAUCCACCCUGAGUGAUGACUCCACACCCCCCAGCAGCAGCCCCAAGAUUCCCAGUGGGCCCCGGCAGGAGGUCAAAUGUUCUUACCCCUACCACACGCUGUCUCAGUCUUCAGAUGAGUUCCUGGAUGAACCCCUCCCCCCUGUCCACCAUUGGACCAGCCAGCAGGUGGGCCAGUGGCUGCAGAGCCUCAACCUGGAACAGUAUGCUGCCGAGUUUGCUGCACGGCAGGUAGACGGGCCACAGCUGUUGCAGUUGGAUGGAAGCAAACUAAAGAGCCUGGGGCUCAGCAACUCGCAUGACCGGGCACUGGUGAAGCGCAAGUUGAAGGAGCUGGCAGCGGCGGCCGAGAAGGAGCGCAAGGCCCAGGAGAAGGCUGCACGGCAGCGGGAGAAGCUCCGGCGCCGAGAGCAGGAGGCCAAGAAGAGCUAGGGGAGGGUGCACAGGCGCUGGCGGCCGCUGGCUCGGCGGGCACAGGCCUCACCAGGGAGGCUGGGCCUGGGCGCCGCGCUUGGGCUAGCCUGGUCCCACGAUCACGGGCGGACAUGCCCUCUCUUACCCUGUCACUUGGUCUGGACCCAGAGCCCCCAGAAAGGGAGACCCCAGGGAGAGGGCCUAGUAAUAAAUCCUAUUUUGAGGA